AUGUUUACGCCGAAGAAGCUGUUUUCUCUCCUCGCUGCCACCUGUGGUGUGGUCACUGCUGCUUCGAUAACCGAUGUCUGUAUGGUGGGAUAUUGUACACUCGGCUCUGGUACUUCAGGUGGUAAAGGCGGCGAAACAGUGACUGUCACCUCACUUGCUGCACUCACAAGUGCCGUUGCCGAUAGCACGCCCAGAAUAGUGGUUGUAUCUGGAACUAUCAGUGGCGCUGUCAAAGUCCUCGUCGGCUCUAACAAAUCCAUCAUUGGUCGUAACAGCGGCCAUCUUCUCGGCAUCGGUCUCUUUCUCAAUCACUCCUCAAACGUGAUCAUUAGGAACACGAUACACUCAAAGGUGCUUUCAACGUACGAAGAUGCGAUCACAGUCAAGUACUCCACAAAUGUUUGGGUCGAUCACGUUGACUUGAGUAACGAUCGCGAUCAUGACAAGGAUUACUACGAUGGGCUGGUGGAUGUUACCAGAGCUUCUGACUAUGUAACCAUUUCGAACUCCUACUUGCAUGAUCACUGGAAAGGCUCGCUCGUAGGCCACAGUGACAAUAACCAAGCGGAAGAUACCGGACAUCUGCGUGUUACUUACGCCAACAACCACUUCUACAAUCUCUACAGCCGCGGGCCAAUGUUCAGAAUCGGAACAGGACAUCUUUUCAAUAAUUUCUGGCAGGACUUGGACGAUGGAGUCCGAACGCGUGCCGGCGCACAGCUCCUCAUUGAGUCCUCGGUUUUUGAGGGCACCAACGAUGACAUUAUCGCAAAGGAUGGCUAUGCUGUUGUUCGGGACGUGGAUCUCGGGCAGGGAACGAACGAAGCGCCGACCGGAACACUGACGAGUGUGCCAUACUCUUACAGUCUCUUGGGAAGCGCGAAUGUCAAAGCUGCUGUCGUCGGAGUCGCUGGGGCCACGCUGACUUUGUAG